GCGUGCCAUAGCUGUUGCGCGCUUUCGCCACCACGUGUAGUUCACAAACAAAAUGGCCGACGCUGCAGAAACUCCGAGCAAGAAAAGCAAGAAACAUAAGAAGCAAAAAGAGAGCACUCUUGGUGAUAUACAGCAAGAGACGAGUUUCCUGAUCCAGCCGGAGUCUAAGACUCCCAAGCUAGACACUUCACAAUGGCCGCUUCUCCUCAAGAACUUUGACAAGUUGAACGUCCGCACCGGUCACUACACUCCCCUGCCCAGUGGCUGCUCCCCACUCAAGCGAGAGUUCAAAGAUUAUGUCACGAGUGGUUUCAUCAACUUGGAUAAGCCUUCCAAUCCUUCAUCCCACGAGGUGGUCUCUUGGAUCAAGAAGAUCCUCCGUGUGGAUAAGACAGGUCACAGCGGUACCCUUGACCCCAAGGUCACCGGUUGUCUGAUUGUGUGUAUUUCCAGGGCAACGAGGCUCGUCAAAUCACAGCAGAGUGCUGGUAAGGAGUAUGUGUGUAUAGUCCGAUUGCACAGCGCUAUUGAGAACCAAGCAAAGUUGGCCCGGGCCUUGGAGACCCUGACAGGUGCCUUGUUCCAGAGACCUCCCCUCAUCUCAGCCGUCAAGCGACAAUUGAGAGUGCGGACAGUCUACGAGAGUAAGCUCAUCGAGUAUGAUGACAAGAGACACCUUGGCAUCUUUUGGAUGAGCUGUGAGGCAGGCACCUAUGUCAGAACACUAUGCGUUCACCUCGGCUUGUUGCUGGGCGUAGGAGCACAGAUGGCGGAGCUGAGACGAAACAGAUCGGGCAUCCAAUCGGAGAAAGACCACCUGGUAACGAUGCACGAUGUUCUUGACGCGCAGUGGGUCUACGAUAACCACAAAGACGAGGAGUACAUGAGGCGAGUUGUCAAACCCCUGGAGGCGCUGCUCACAUCUCACAAGAGAAUCAUACUGAAGGACAGCGCUAUUAACGCCAUUUGCUACGGGGCCAAAGUCAUGCUGCCAGGGGUGUUGAGAUUUGAAGACGGCAUCGAAGUCAACUCAGAAAUCGUCAUAGUGACAACCAAAGGAGAGGCAGUUGCCCUGGCGAUUGCCCUGAUGACAACAGCUGUCAUGGCAACCUGCGAUCACGGCAUCGUUGCUAAGCUGAAGCGGGUGAUUAUGGAGCGGGAUACCUACCCUCGCAAGUGGGGCUUGGGGGCAGUGGCUAGCAAGAAGAAGAUGCUCAUUCAAGCUGGUAAGCUGACCAAACAUGGCAAGCCGACAGACCAGACUCCGGAGGACUGGAAAAACUCCUACACAGACUUGAGUGUCAAGAAAGGAUCCAACAACGGAGAAGCCACUACCAGCCAAUCACAGCCCUCGGUUGAGGAGACUCCCGCCAAGAAACGCAAACGCCAAGAGAGCGACAGCAGUGCUAGCACCGAGAGCAGCUCAGCCGCAUCGCCGGUAGCCAUGGAGGUUGCUACGCCGACCAGCAAGGAGAAGAAGAAAAAGAAGAAAGACAAGAAGGAGAAGAAAGAAAAGAAGAAGAAGUUGAAGGAGGAGUCGAUGACGGAGGAAGCAGAAACGGAAGAAACCUCACCAGAGAAGAAGAAAAAGAAGAAAAAGAAGAAAGACAAGGAUAAGAAGUAGUUGACGCCACCUUGUGCCCAAGGGACCCUUGUUUUCUAUGUAGAGGGCACUCCGUUUUUACUUCGCUCCCCUGGGAAGGUUUUUAUUUUAUUUU